AGCUCCAUCACAACAAGUGAUUGAACUCCUCUUCCUCCCUCCUCGUCACCAAUGGAGAUACCAUUGUCGGCCAUAUACUUGGCCAUUGUACUAGUUUUCACACUCCUCACAGCCCUCGCCGGCGGCCGCCGCCGCCGCAAACUCAACCUCCCACCUGGGCCGAGGCCGUGGCCCGUCAUUGGCAACCUCAACCUCAUUGGUCGUCUGCCUUACCGCUCCCUCGCCGCCCUCGCCCAAAAGCACGGCCCCCUGAUGCACCUCCGCUUCGGCUCCUUCCCGGUCGUCGUCGGCUCCUCCGUCGACAUGGCCAAGUUCUUCCUCAAGACCCAUGACCUCUCCUUCGUCUCUCGCCGCAAGACCGCCGCCGGCAAGUACACCUUCUACAACUACUCCGACAUCGGUUGGUCGCCUUACGGCCCCUACUGGCGGCAGGCACGCAGGAUCUGCAUCAUGGAGCUCUUCACCACCAAGCGGCUGGACUCCUACCAAUACAUCCGGGUGGAGGAGGUGCGCUGCCUCCUCCAGGACCUCUUCAGGUCCGCAGAGACGCCUGUCCUCCUCAAGGACCACCUUUUCACUAUCAACCUCAACAUCAUGAGCCGCAUGGUGUUGGGAAGGAAGUACACGCAGGAGCAGUCGUUGUCGUCGGUGGCGCCCACGGCGAUCGUCCCGCAGGAGGAGUUCAAGGAGAUGGUUGAGGAGCUGUUGCUGCUCAACGGCGUCAUCAACGUCGGCGACUUGAUACCCUGGCUGAACUUCCUGGACCUGCAGGGCUAUGUGAAGAGGAUGAAGAUGCUGGGCAAGAGGUUCGACAGGUUCCUGGAGCACGUGCUCGACGAGCACAACGAGCGGCGUCGCCGAGAAGGGAAGGCAUUCGUCCCCAGGGACAUGGCGGACGUGCUCUUGGAGUUGGCCGAUGAUGACGGUCUGGAAGUCAAGCUCGAGAGACAUUGCCUCAAGGCCUUCAUUCUGGACAUGUUCGUCGCCGGCACCGACACCUCCACCAUAACCAUUGAAUGGGCCAUCUCUGAGAUCCUCAAAAGACCCGAGACCUUCGACAAGGCAACCGAGGAACUGGACCGGGUGAUCGGCCGCGGCCGGUGGGUCGAGGAGGAGGACGUGCACCGCCUUCCGUACAUCGAGGCCAUCGUAAAGGAGACCAUGAGGAUGCACCCGGUGGCGCCCCUGCUCAUACCUCGGUUCUCCCGCGAGCACACCACCGUCGACGGCUACGACAUCCCCGCCAGGACGGGGGUGCUGGUGAACGUGUGGGCCAUCGGGCGCGACCCGGCCGUGUGGGACGCUCCGGAGGAGUUCCGGCCGGAGCGGUUCGUGGGUAGCCCGAUCGACGUGAAGGGACACCACUUCGAGCUGCUGCCGUUCGGGGCGGGUCGGCGGAUGUGCCCCGGGUACAGCCUCGGCCUGAAGCUGAUUGGGGAUGGCGUUGCUCAUGACGCACAGAACGAUGGUUCUGGUGUUUGGGGGGUAUGUGAGCUCCAUCGACGGGAUCGCGUUCUUCCGGCGGGGCCCGGUGGUUUGCCAGUUGCGAGGCUGCGCGGGAUGGCGUUCAAUCUGACGGAUAUCGGCGGGAUCGGGGGUGGGAAGACGCUGAACUCCGCGUUUUCUUCUCCUCCAACCACAAGGCAGGUAGGCAACGCGAGGCGGUCCUAA